UGGAUACAAAGCAGUCAGCCACGCUCUGGCUCCUUCCUCCCGCAUCCUGUUGGCCUCCUCCUCCCUGUUUGCACGCUCCCUCCCUCCCAUGCUCGCUCCCUCUCUCAUUCUUUCCUUCUCUUACCGCCACGCUGCAGAGAGGCAGACCUGGGGAACUGAUGGUCCACGGAGGAGGAAGGAGCUUUCCCCUGCAUUUCUUGGACAGUGAAACGGAGAGGCAGAGAGAUGAUGAAGGAGCGUUUUGGUUGCUGCCUGGAUUAAAAAAGAAUACAUAAAAAAAAAAAAAAAUCCGGACCCAACAAACAAGGAAAAAGGGAGGGGAGAAAGAGGAGGAGGUUGCUGAAGGGAGCCCACUCCGGUGGGUGAACAACUGCUUUGAAUCGUGCCUCUGUUCCCAGGGAUUAAAGCAUGAAUGGGAGCAGCCUCCCAGCCACGAUGGAGAGAGAAGGCGGUUCAGGCUGUGGGAAUAAGGUGGGCCUGCAAGGGCCAGGGCUGUGCUGAUCGGAGUCUGCAAAGGAAAGUACUUGCUGGAGAUCCACUACCAGUGAAGAGCAAAAGGCAGCAAGCGCUGGGGAAUGGCAUUGCUCUGAGCAGAGUAGGUGAUCUGUGAUUAUUCCAUCUGAAUUCCAUAGACUGUGGCGUGGAAGGUAAAUUUGGAGCUGUGCUGAGACACAGCUGGCCUUGCAGUGCUUCUGGGUCAUGCUCUGCCAUCCCUCCAUCCCUGUAGGGAUGCAGCUGCAAGCCCAAAGGAAAGGCUGGAGUUUGUGGAGUGUACAGGAGGUUUGCUGCCAGAUGGGUGCCUGAGGUUCCUGCUGGAGGGCCCAACAGCAUCCCAUAGAAGCACUCUCCUGGUCCCAGCAGCUGAGGCCCCUCCAAACCUGCUUCUGCAAUGGGUAAUGAGGAGCUGUGGGUCCAGUCAGUCUUGGAGAUGCCGAAGAGACGAGACAUCCUGGCUAUCGUGCUGAUAGUUCUGCCCUGGACGCUACUAAUCACCGUCUGGCACCAGAGCACCAUUGCUCCACUGCUUGCAGUGCACAAGGGCUGUGAGGGUGACCUCCUGCUAUCAGCACUCAGCCUACUGGCUCAUCUGGGGGGACGGGGGGUGUCGGAGGACCGAGUCCAUGCGGUUUUUCUUCUCUCGUACCCUUGCUCAGAUGAUGGUGGUGACUCCCGGCGUGAUCUCGCUGCAGGCUUGGACUCCAAGGAAUACUGCUUGUCGGACCGGGACAUUGUGGAGGUGGUGAGGACAGAAUAUGUUUAUACUCGCCCACCCCCGUGGUCAGACACCCUUCCCACUAUCCACGUCAUUACACCCACCUACAGCCGGCCCGUGCAGAAAGCAGAGCUGACGCGCCUGGCCAACACCCUGCUGCAUGUGCCAAACCUGCACUGGAUCCUGGUGGAGGACUCCCAGCGGCGCACACCCCUCAUCACCCGGCUGCUACGGGACACGGGGCUCAACUACACCCACCUCAACGUGGAGACCCCUCGCAACUACAAGCUGCGGGGAGACAUGAGGGACCCCCGCAUCCCCCGGGGGACCAUGCAGAGGAACCUUGCCCUGAGGUGGCUGAGAGAGACCUUUAACAAAAACAACAGCCAGCCUGGGAUUGUUUACUUUGCUGAUGAUGACAACACCUACAGCCUGGAGCUCUUUGAGGAGAUGCGCAGCACCAGAAAGGUGUCGGUGUGGCCAGUAGCCUUCGUCGGUGGCUUGCGCUACGAAUCCCCCAAAGUGAACGCAGCAGGGAAGGUCUACGGCUGGAAAACUGUGUUUGACCCCCAUCGGCCCUUUGCUAUAGACAUGGCAGGGUUUGCUGUGAACCUCAGACUGAUCCUCCAGCGAUCUCAGGCGUACUUCAAACUGCGAGGAGUGAAGGGAGGCUACCAGGAGAGCAGCCUGCUGCGGGAGCUGGUCACCCUGAACGACCUUGAGCCGAAAGCUGCCAAUUGCACUAAGAUUUUAGUCUGGCAUACGAGGACAGAAAAGCCUGUGCUGGUGAAUGAGGGGAAGAAAGGAUUCACAGAUCCCAAUGUGGAAAUCUGAGCGUGCACAGCUGAGUGGAGACCAACACCAGAAGAUUUCCUCAUGCACAGCCUCCAAGGUUUCUCCCCACAGCAUACAGCCAGACAUGCAGUAGCCAGGAUCUCUGCUGACUUCCAAGAGUUUUAGUGUACUGAAAGCAAGCAACACUGCAUACAUAAACUACCCGGAUCCCCCCGCCCUUCCUCCUGGACUCUGAGCAGAACCUGAUGCUCUGGGGGUGGAGAAAAAGCACAGAAAUACAGGACUGAACUUCCCUACAGGAGCAGCUGCCCUGCGAGACACUCGGUUUGGGAGAAGUGCACAACGCACUGAAGAUGCAGCCCAGCUGGAAGGGCAGCCCAGACUGAGCAGGCUGUUAUACAGGACCUGAGAGCAAGGGUGAGAAUGCACACACGAGUAUGCUGGCCCCGAUGACUUGUCCUCCCCAGACACGCACCCCGUGGCUGUGUGUCCAACAGCCAGAGCAGCUCCCUGCUGACAGAGGGGGCAGCUGCCUUCCAAGAUGGCACCUCAGCCCUUAAUUCUAAACCUACUUUAAUCAGUGUUUAUGAUGCUGCACAAGACAGGAAGGCUUUGGGGGAGAGUGAAAAGCAAGGCAGGUUAGAACGAACCCACUUGUACAUCUGAUUCUUGUAUCCCCUUCUUCCCCUUCCAUUUGGCUCCAUGGUUUGGGGAGUGCUCUAUGCUCUUGCAUGGAGUUACAUGCACAGCAUGCAGCCCUUGAUGCUAGAAGAGCUGUGAGGGGUUUUUAAAGAGAUUAUUGUGGCCCUGCACCAUAGAACUAAGAUCUGAGCCCAGAUGAAGUAUUAUUUAGCUCUCAUUUGGUUAACGUGAGCAUUAGGUAUGGGAUUCUCUGAAGGGUGCUUCUACAUAAAGCCAAAUUUCUACUCUUAAAAAAUGAAGUUAACUACUUAAAAAUAGGGAUUGAACAAGAAAAACUUAGUACAUUUACCAUCUGUGUGGAGUGUAUCCUUCAGCCCUAGCUCCUCUUUCAGGGCCAGACUGGUGAGCAAAGCCACACUGGAGCCAAUCAGGAGUUAACUCGUGGGAACAGAGCAGCACCCUUGUAAAGGGUAGGUUGAAAAACUAAGCAGAAUUAUUAGUUGCCUCUUCCCUGCUCUGUGACUUCAAAGGCACUGAUGAAAGGGUAUUCUCUAAUGAAACUGUAUCCUGCUCCUCAGCAAGAGGCAGGUGGCUGAGCAGUGCAGAGGAGGAACCUGGGUGCUGCUACCUCGGCUGACUCUGUUUGGAAACAAACUUGCUGAGGAAGAAAUUCAGGUACAGCUCAGCUCUUCUCCCUACCUCCAGCCCAAAUCCACAGAACUCAGCACCCUCCCCUCACAGCUGUCAAACAUCUGAUCAAUCCCCACUGCCCCAAUUCUUUCAGAAGGGUCUGAAGCACAAUUUUCCCUUUGAGUCAAGGGAAAGUGUAAUCCCAGAUUUGGUUCUUUUUAGCCCUAACGCAUAGAAUUGUUUAAGUACUACAGGUGGGAUUGUUAGCUUCAAAGUGCAGAAUUCUCCCCUUGGUCUGAUGGCUGUGCAUUCCCUAAUAUUUAAAGAAACAUUUGGGUGUUUUUUUUAAGUUAUUUUCUCCCACUGUCUUUCAGAAUUGAUGGGGGAAAGCUGCAUUGCUCAGCUCUCAGUCACAAAGCCUUGCUAAAUAGCCUUUAGAAUAAUGUUCUUUUAGAUGCACUGGCUGAAGUGCUACAUGGAUAGAAAGCAUCCAGUUCCACUGGCCACUCUAUGGGAACAGGCACUGUUACCUUAUGCUAAAAUAGGAGCUCUCUGCAUUUGAGUAGGCUGAUUCUAUUCUUGUAUGAGCAGCCCAACCUCAGUUCAGUCUGCACACCCUAGAGGGCCAAGAGACAUUGUUAAAGGCAUACAAAUUCUACUGCUAUGCUAGUUCCCAACUGCUGGCCUCUCCUAGCUGCAUGUUUUCAUUCACUAACAUCAGCUCCAGCCCCUGCUGAGCUGCAGCCUUCCCUCCUCAGAAGAAAAUAACUUCCAGAAAAACACAAAGGCCCAAGUCCUGACCACAGCCCUGCUUUUACACUUCUCAAAGUUGGGCCCUUCCAACUUGCACAGCUGCACUGUGGGUCUGGGGAGCAGAGAUGUGCACGCUCAGUGAGACCAGCUCUGGUCAGGGUGGAGUGUAUUACAGCCGCACUGUCUGUUCUCAGUUUUAAAUAAACUGUAUUUAAAUUUGUUAAAUAAAAUUAAGUAUGGUUUUUAAGAGCUA